AUGUUUUCAACUUUUCAAGCAGCAGGUUCUACUGGAGCCGGAGACGGUGACGGCAAGGCGAACCGCCCAGGAGGCAACUCGAGACGCAUUUCCACUAGCAACGCAUGCAUCGAAUAUGUGAUGGAAACACUCCUUGCGGUCAAUGUCAAUGGUAUCAGCAUCCAGAGGAGUGCGCCUAUGCGAAACCAGCACAGAGGGUUGUGCCCUCUAGGAAUUGCACGUUUAUUUCCGGGAAAGGAGCUUGAAGAGCUCCUCUCACUACCACGAGAAGAACUCGUGAGCCUUGCCGUUACAAUCCCAACCUCCAACCCAUCGCCCUUCAACACGCCGGGUCCACUUCCCAGUGUGAUUGAGAGGGUCAACAACUCCGAAACAGCAGAGAGUCUUGAAGCAUUGGAGCAAGCGCCCGAGCAAGACCCUCCAACGGACGAAGCAAAGCGCCUUGGGGCCAAAAUCCAAGGCAUAUCCGACGAUGUAAACGGACUUUCGCUCUCAGUCGACCGUACAUCGUCAUACGUAGGAGUUUCGUCGAUACCGGCAGUACUCAAGGUCAUUUUCAAGACGGCGCCUUUCGCACGAGCAUUCGUAUCACAAAACACUGCGAAUCCCAGUCGCAGUACGACGCCGCCUCCACACCUUGCAGAACCGGAUCCGAACUAUCUCCCUCCGGCAGACAUAGGGGAAAAGUUGAUUGACUCUUAUUUUGCCCACAUUCACCUUCUGAUGCCCAUGAUCGAUGAGGAUUCGUUCCGCCAUUGUUAUCUUUACAGUAUGCGCAGAGACUCGCCUUGGCUUGGUUUACUGAACAUGGUAAUGGCACUUGGCUCUUUGGCAGGCUCAACAUGCGACAGUGAAGAUCACAUUGCCUACUAUCAAAGAGCAAGGAAACAUCUGGAAGCCGAGGGGUUUGGUAGUGGAUCUCUGUUUGUGCUCCAAGCAUUUGGUCUUCUUUCCGGGUACUAUCUCCACUGGUUGAACCGACCAAACGAGGCAAACGCCAUGCUUGGUGCCACACUUCGUAUGGCAACUGCACAUGGGCUUCACCGAGAGUAUGGCAACCCACAAAAUGGGAGCGUGGUGGGCAGCACGAUGAUCGUGUCUGGACUCGAGGUUCCUGUAGAGAUCAAGAGGAGGACCUGGUGGAGCUUGUUCUGCUUGGAUCUAUGGGCCAGUAUUGCGACUGGUCGACCGUCUCUGGGAAGGACCGGUCCAGGAAUAACGACUGCUGUCCCGCGUAUUCCCGAGCAGAUGAACAACGCACAGUACUUGGCCUCGUUACGACUUCUGCCCAUCAUCCACAACAUUGCAUUCUGCAAGAUUGCUACAAAGUUGCAAGAUCAGCUGGCGGCUCGCACGCUCAUCGAAUUUGAAGAGCUGUUUGCUCUGGACGCAGAACUGGAGAAGUGGAGAGAAGACUUGCCACCCAUCAUGCGCGACGUGGUGAAUCGUCCCGACUCGAAAAAGAGAACGUUCCCAAGCAAUCAGAAGGAACAGAAGCAUUCUCCACCAAAUCCCGGUAAACCAGCCAGGUCCAAGAAAGCUUCGUUUGAUUUCUCGCAACCUCCCGAGAGAGACAAUACCUCGUGUCCAGAAGUGCUGAAGACGCCAAGAGCCAUCAUGCAUUGGAGGUACCAGAACUUGAAGAUGCUAAUGCAUCGUCCGAUCCUCUUGGCCGCAGUUCUACGAAGGACCAGUUUCGCGAAGAUGAAACCUGAAGAGAAAGUCGCUGUCAGUCGUUGUCGGAUCGUAGCUGGUCAGGCCAUUGCAGAUAUCAUCGACACUUGCCAGGAUCAUUUGAUUUCAGGCUGGAAUGCUGUGUGGCUCAUGUAUCAGGCUGUCAUGGUGCCAAUCGUAUCUUUAUUUUCAGUAUUGACAUUGCCGCCCAGCGCAGCCACAAAUGAUAGUCCUCAUGGAACGCUUGAAAGUGGUUUUGAACACACAAAUCCUACAGGAACCGACAAUGAUGUGGAGCACUGGAAGCUUGAGGUUGAGAAGGCGAUUGUGUUCUUCAAAAGAAUGGAGCGCUGGUCCGUCGCUGCGAGAAAGAGUGGGGAUGUCGUGCAGCGACUCUAUGAUGCUACCAAGUAUGUGAGUCAGUACAAUCAGCAGCAGCAAGCACCCUCCGGGGGUCAUGCCAUUUCUACAGACUCCAACAGGGUCAUGUUGGCCGGGCCAUAUGAUCCAAACGACACGGGAAACUUCUCACAAGAUUACGGGAUGAAUUUAUCGACAGGAUGGGGCAUCAGUCCGAAUGGAGAGGCCGCCGUGAAUGAGUUUUGGAAUGACAUGAUGUGGGAUUCAUUCCCGAGCGAUGCGAAUUUUGUUGUUGACCAGACCGAUUGGUGGCAGCAGAACGUAGAGGACCAGGAUUGGUCGCAAUGGCCAGGCGAGGAAGGUGUUUGA